UAAAUAACGCGCGUAAUUUUGUCAGCUGAUUGAGUUGUUUUCUACAAUCGAUACAUAUUUUUCUUUUUUUACAAUAAAUCGAGUAAAUAGUUUAACGGAAAAUAAUAUAAAUUUAAAUUGUAUAUCUUCGAAAAAUGCAUUACUGAGUAACAAAUUUUUAAGAGAAUAAUAUGUACUCGUCUCCCCAGUGUAACCUAAAAAACCGGAACAGUUCAAAUAUAUAUUCAUUGUGAAAUUCUCUUAAUACUAUUACUCCGUAAUAUUAUUUAAUACCAUUGAAAUAAAACAUGUUUUAUCAUAUAUCACUAGAACACGAAAUUUUAUUACACCCCAGAUAUUUUGGACCUCAGUUGUUAGAUACUGUGAAACAGAAGCUAUACACUGAAGUGGAAGGCACCUGUACAGGAAAAUAUGGUUUUGUAGUUGCUGUAACAACGAUAGAUAACAUAGGUGCAGGAAUCAUACAACCAGGACAAGGUUUUGUAGUAUAUCCUGUUAAAUAUAAGGCCAUUGUAUUUAGACCAUUUAAAGGAGAAGUAUUAGAUGCAAUUGUGACACAAGUGAAUAAGGUUGGAAUGUUUGCUGAAAUAGGACCACUUUCAUGUUUUAUAUCUCACCAUUCAAUCCCAGCAGAUAUAUAUAUUAUAAAUAAUAUAAAUUGUAAAUUAUGUCAUAUAUUGCAGGAUGUAAUUAUUCAACCAGAUGAUGAAAUAAGAUUAAAAAUUGUUGGUACAAGAGUCGAUGCCACAGGAAUUUUUGCUAUUGGAACAUUAAUGGAUGAUUAUCUAGGACUUGUGUGCAACUGAAUACAAUCAACACAUUAUUUAAUUCUUCACGUAAAAUGGAAUAUUUUUUAUUUCUAUGGAAC